UUUUGCAAUAAGUUCAUGGUACAAAUGAAGUACAAAUAUAUGAAACUGACAUUUGGUUGACUACUGUUUGCGUUAGGCUAAGUCGGGGUUCUAUAGCGAGUGGAUUGUGAUGGUGUCAAGCGUAGAGAUCAGUAGUAUAAGUUAAUCAUUGCUUACGAAGACAAAUGAUUCGAUAAAAGUGAAAAUGGCCUGUUCAUAUACGGUAGGGACUCCAGUUGUACGAAUUAGCAAUGGCACUUCAGAUGACAGACUGCUGAAAAACAAAUGUAACGAGAAUUUGGAACCACGUUAUGGCAGUCUUCAAGAUCCUAGACAUUCUGGCGAAGAAAUGGAUGAAAUCCGACAAAAGAAUUUAGCCUAUGAAUAUUUAUGUCACCUUGAAGAAGCAAAGAUCUGGCUGGAGGCUGUUCUAAAGGAACAACUUCCACCGCCAACAGAACUGGAAGAAAGUCUAAGGAACGGCGUUUACCUGGCCAAACUGGGCCACUUGGUUGCUCCGGAAACUGUGCCGCUGUCGAAGAUAUUCGACACCGAACAGAAGCGCUACAGAGUGGCCGGGCUGCAGUUCCGCCACACUGACAACAUCAACUACUGGCUCAAGUCUCUGGAGUCGGUGGAGCUACCGCUGACGUUCCACCCGGAAACCACGGACGUGUACGAGAAGAAGAACAUGCCACGCGUCAUCUACUGCAUCCACGCCCUGAGCACGCACCUGUUCAAGCUGGGCCAGGCCCCCCUCAUCCAGGAUCUGUACGGCAAGGUCGACUUCACAGACGAGCAGAUCUCGGCAGUCAGCCAGGAGCUGAGGAAGUGCGGCCAGCAGAUGCCGUCCUUCCAGAAGAUCGGGGGCAUCCUGUCGCGCGGCGCCAGCGGGGACGAGGGGGCGCUGCACGCUGCGGCCCGGGCCAUCAACGACGCCGUUGACAAGCAGGACUCGGAACAGCUCCGUGCCGCGCUGCGCUCCCCAGCGGCCGUGCUGCAACACGUACAGGAGGAGCUGGCGAGCUGCUACCUCGACGUGCUGGCGCAGGCCAGGGCAGACAAGGUCCAGGUCGCGGCCAACAAGUCACUGAGCGACAGCUUCAUUCCCGACGUCUACGAUGAGCUGCUAACGUUGGCUGAAAUCCAAGGACACAUCACCUCAGUGAAUGUGACUGCCGCGUGGUGCGAUGCUGUGGAUGCCGUCCAGAAGCGAGACGAAGCAGCGCUGUGUCGAGUGUUGGCGUCCCCAGCCUUGCUGCUCAAGGACGUCCAGAGCGGCAACGCGCCGUGCUACCUGGAGGAGUUCGGCAGCGCGACGGGGGAGCCGUGCAGUGAGCUGGUGACGGGCGAGCAGCGCGAGAAGCUGCAGGCCGUCGUGUGCCGCGGGAACUACGUCGCCCGGAACCAGCACGUCUGUGGAGAGGCCCUGGCGAAGGUCAAUGCCGCCCUGCGUGAAGGCUCGUCGCAGGACCUGCUCGCUGCCCUCGGCGACCCGGUCCUGAGACUGCCCGGCGUCAGCGAGUUCGCCGCGCCGCUCUACCUGGAGGAGAUGCGUGUGGACCGGCUCGACCUGGGGAAAGACCUGGUGUUGUCUGACGUGGAGUCUGCGGUCCGGGUGCUCAACUCGGUCGCUGCGAUCACGCGGGCUGUGGACGUUGGCAGCCCUGACCUCACCUGGGAGGCCCUCUGCAACCCCGCAUUGUACUUUGUAGAGCUGGACGAGGCCUUCAGGGUGAAGUACUACCUGGGGCUGAAGGCGGUGCGCGAUGACAAGGUGGCAGGAGGCUGUGCCUGCCCCCUGCUCACGUACCUCGACGUGCAGGAGUGCAUCGACACGGUCAACCAGCUGUUUGAGGACCAGGGCCAGUUGAUCGCGUGGCUGCACCAGCUGAGUGCAGCGGUGAGGCAGGGUGACCCCGGGGCCUGUCUCUCUGCGCUCACCGACCCUCCUUCGAAGCUGGCCGGCCAUGUCACUCGGGACAACAUCCCCCUCUACUUGCAGCUGCUCAAGUGCAAGCUGGAGGGCAAGCCAGAGGGGGCGGAGCUGUGGCUGGAGGACCUCGAGGCCGUGGCCGGCGAGGCGGCCGAGGAGACCCGCAGCGUGGAGGCGGUGGCGAGGUCGCUGGCAGCGAUGGACCGCGCGCUGACCCGGGACGACGCCCGGCUCCUGGAGCAGUCCCUGCGGGAGAUGAGCGUUGCUGCCCCGGUCUCCCAGCGCGUCUCCGCACGCCUCUUCCACACGCUCAAGGAGUGUCGGCGCAGGAAGGAAGGGAAGUACUCUUGCGACUGGGUGUGCCACCACACGCGGCGUGGCGUGGCUGCCUUCGUAGACGUGCGGUCCGGCAAGUACCAGUGGGAGAAGCCGCGGGAGUUCCUCUCUGGCUCCAGGUUCCUCGGCGUCAAGGACGUGAAGAGCGUCCUCGGCUACGUGACGGCCGUGUGCGAGAACAAGGCCGCGGAGAAGGCGGUGGUCCGACUGCAAGCCUGCGCUCGGGGCUUGCUGGCGCGGAGGAGGCUGGCCGCCCGGCGGGAACACUUCCAGCGGAACAUCCGCAGCAUCGUCAAGAUACAGGCCUGGUGGAGGGGAGUCCGCGACAGGCGUCUGUACCAGAAAUGUCUUGAGGAAAGAGAGAAAGAAAAGGGCAAAACAAUUGAAUCGUGCAACUACAAUAUGGAUUGGUAUCAGCGUCAGGAGCGGAAGGUGGUGAAGGUGCAAGCCCUGUGGCGCGGUCGCCGGACGAGGCGUGUGUUCCGCUCCUUGCUGCGCCACCCCCGCCCCUCGCUGCCCGUCGUGCGUCACUUCGUGCACCUGCUCGAGUGCACGCCCCACGACUACCAGUGCGACUUGCAGCUGCAGGCCCUGCGGGGAGAGGUGGUCCAGGCCAUCAGACACAACCAGGAGCUGGCCCGACAGCUCGACGCCAUGGACAUCAAGAUAGGGCUCCUGGUGCACAACAGGAUAACCCUGCAGGACGUGGUGGCCCACGGCACGACGCUGAACGACCUGGCGAGGCAGGGCCAGGGCGGGCGGGCGUCGCUAGGCCCGGACGUGAGCGUGAAGGGCCUCAAGUCCCUGACGCGGGAGGGUCGCAGGAAGCUGGACCACUACCAGCAGCUGUUCUACCUGCUGCAGACCAGCCCCGCCUACUUCUCCCGCCUGAUAGUGUGCCUGCCCCAGGGGUACUUCUCCAAGUACCUGCAGGACGCCAUCUUCGCGCUCUUCAACUACGGGGCCAACCAGCGCGGCCAGUACCUCUUCCUGAAGCUGCUGGAGGGCGCCCUGCACGAGGAGGUCAGGUACAAGUUUGAGAAGCUGUCGGACGUGAUGAGCGGCAACUCGAUGGUGUUGAAGCUAGCCACCAACUACACGAGGCAAAACGCAGCCCAGAACUCCCUCCGCAGCAUGUUGGGACCUCUCGUUGAGCAUGUGUUGGGGAACAGGUCCCUCAUUAUUGAAACCAAUCCGGUGGAGAUCUACAAGUUCUGGAGGAACGGCAUUGAAAUGGAAACCGGCAGAGUGUCAGAGCUGCCGGAGAAGGUGACGACCAAUGAGGCGCUGGCCCACGCAGAGGUCCGUGCGCGCCUGGCCCGGUCCCUGGAGGCUCUGCGCGCCAACACACUCAUGUUCCUGGACCGCAUCACAGAGUCCCUGCACCUCAUCCCGUACGGGAUGCUGUUCGUGUCCCGGGUGCUGAAGGAGGCCCUGCAGCUCAAGUUCGACCAGUGUCAGGAGAAGGACAUCCUCAAGGUGGUGGGCAACCUGAUCUACUACCAGUACAUCAACAGCGCCAUCGUAGCCCCGGAUGCGUACGACAUCGUGGACGUGACCAUGGACAACUCCUUGGACAUGGCGCAGCGCCGGAACCUGGCCAGCAUCGCCAAGAUCCUGCAGUUCGCCGCCACCAAGAAGGGGUACGGGGAGGAGUGCCACUACCUGACCUGCCUCAACCCCUUCAUCGUGGAGUGCCACGAGCGCUUCAAGCAGUUCUUCAGGCGGUGCUGCGCGGUGGAGGGGCUGGACGAGUACUUCCACAUGCACGAGUUCACCGAGGCCAUGCUCAUAUCGCAGCCCACGGCCGAGCUGUCCCUGCAGGAGAUCUGCAACAUCCACAAGCUGCUGCUGCAGUACCAGGACCAGAUAGCGCCGGACCCCAUGGACCCCCUGUGCGAGCUGCUGGAGGACCUGGGCCCCGACCCGUCCGUGGCCGCGCUGCUCGACCGGCCGGAGAGCGACCCCGCGCUGCAGUUCCUCGGCCGGACCGUGGUGUGCCUGACCCUGGUCAACAGGCACCAGCUGCCCGCCAGCGACGACACCGACGUCAACCAGCUCUUCAUCAGGGCGAAGGAGCUGCUGGUGAGCGUGCUGCCGUGUCUGCACGGCUCCACGCUGCCCGAGGCCCUCGGCCAGAGCGAGACCGAGGCCCAGCAGAGGACGUUCGAGCAGCUGCUGUCCCGGCGCGCCAGGCUGUACGAGCAGGGCCAGGCGGGCCGCUUCACCAGCCUUGGGGGCAGUCUGUGGGAGAGCAAGCAGAGGCUGCGCACCAUGCUGCAGCGCCUGGAGCUGGAGGGGCUGGUCUCCCGGGACGACGGCUACCAGCAGCUGCUCUCCGCCGUCGCCCAGGACAUCUGCAAGAACGGCCACUACAGGGACGCCCGCCGCCGGGAGAUGGAGACUCUGAGGGACGCCAAGCGCGGGCUGCAGCUGAAGGGCAGCUUCUACCAGGAGCAGGUGGCCUUCUACAACCAGUACCUGCAGCGCUGCCUCGAGAACAUGAACGCAGGCAAGAGGCAGGUGCACUCGCUGAGACGGCCCGGCCGCAUGAAGAGCCGCCCCACGCUCAAGUACUCGGCGGCCAAGCUGCACGAGAAGGGCGUGCUGCUGGAGGUGCAGGGCCUGCCAACCUCGCAGCUCAAGAACGUGCAGUUCGAGAUUGCCCCGACCGACAGCAACGGCGUGUUCACCGUCACGGGCAAGUUCAUGGGCGUGCAGAUGGAGAAGGUGGAGCUGGACAUCCAGGACCUGCUGCAGCUGCAGUUCGAGGGCGCCACCAACAUGGACAUGUUCGGCAAGGCCCGCAUCAACGUCAACCUGCUGCUGUUCCUCCUCAACAGCAAGUUCUAUGGCAAGGCGUGACUGUACUUACAUCGCGUGGGCCUGUGUCCAACUGUUUCAGAAGACAAUUUAAUAUUUUUUAUAUACAUUAAUGUAAUUUUUUGAAGAAUUUUCACAAUUAUUUUUAUUUGCCCUUGAAAGGUUGCCACAUAGCCUUCCUUCCUGAAAUUCUAUACCUUAUGUCACAAUGAUCACAUAUAAGCCUGUAGAGUUUUUAAAAUAGGUUUGUACUUUUAUACAUGUUUUAUUUUAAUACUUAAGUUUUGCACUAUAUGCCAAUACUCAAUAAACGCAUUGAUUAAAUACAAAAAA